AUGGACUACUUGAGAGGUGAGUGGUUGCCAUGCAGGGAAAGGUGGGCAAAUUGCUACACCAAUCACAUCUUCCAUAUCGGUAACACGAGCAAAAAUAGGGUAGAGUCGAUGCAUUCCUCCUUGAAGAAAUGGCUUGCCACUUCGACCCACAAGAUCGAUACACUCUUCCUCAGGUUUCACACAUCUAUCAACGGAAGAGUGAUUGAAUUGAGGAAGGACUUGGAGGAUUCACUUUCCAAGGUGUUUGCAUUAGCCUAUGGACCGCCAUAUGUUAACCUAAAUACUAUAGUGAGCUUGUGGGCAGUUGAGUUACUGAUGGAAGAACGAAAGAGGAAAAUUGUUCAGGGAUGUGGAUGUCGGAUACCUGAAACACAUGGCCUACCAUGUAAAUGUAAGAUCGAUGAAUUGAGUGCUGCUGGCGUGGAGUUGCACCACAACCACUUACAUCCAUUCUGGUCAUCUUUGGUGUAUGAGAGUCCUCUCGAUCUUGCAGAAUGGGAAGAUCACGAUGCCAUUGAGCGUGACAUUUUUACAGCCAUGGUACAAGAUGUGUACAAGCAAGGGCCAACUGCUAUCCGAAAGGCAACUCAAGUACUACGCCCUCAUAUUCUUCCACAAGUUGAAGGCCUACAAGAGCCUAAGGAGUUAGAGGCUCCAAAGGGACGACCACCUAGGAGGAGCAACACUCGAGAUCCUUCCUGGUUUGAGCAUGAGAGGGCAAGGUCGGCACAAACGAGCAGAAAAAAUCAGAGUCCGAGGACAUCGAGGAGCUAG